AUGGAGUCUAUGGACGACGCCGCCAUCGUGCAGCAUGUUCUCCGCAACCGGGCGAACUACUACCGGGUUCUGUUCCUUGAGCGCGGCGCCACCACGGAGCAGAUCAAGGUGGCGUACAAGAAGAUGGCCCUCAAGUGCCACCCCGACAAGAACAAACACCCCAAUGCCAGCGAGGCGUUCAAACUAGUGGGCACCGCAAACGCUACGCUGGCGGAUGAAGCUAAGCGCCGCAUUUACGACAGGCAGGGCGCUGAGGGUGUGCAGCGGCACGAAAGCAGGAACGGAUCCCGUGGCGCUGGGGCCGCUCAUCAUGCGUACCGGCAGCCAAACGACUUCUUUGAGGAAUUCUUCGGUCGUGCCGCGGGCAUGCACGGCCACGGCGCGCGGGUGUACGAGGCUGAGGUCAACGCGAACCUGCUGCUGGUGGUGCCGUUGUUGAUCUUCUUAUUCCUGGCGAUUCUCCUGCAGUCUUCCCUGACAGAUAUAAGCGAGUAUCAACGCCCCCAGCCACGCCAUGGUGGUGGCAACGUGGCUUCCUUCAGCCUCACGCCCGACCCCGCGCAGGGGCUUGUAGUGGAGCGCAUGGCGACGUAUAACGGGUUACGUGUAAAGUACUACGUGAAUCGGAAGUGGGCGGAUAAGGCGGCGCGCGGCUUUUUCGAUGUGCGUCGUACGGAGCGGGAGGUGCUGCAGCAGCAGCAAGAAUCCCUAGCCCGUAGGUGCGAGGCGGAGUCAUUAUCGUACAGGGCGCGUGGACGAAAGGAGACGCCUUCAGUCUGUACCGAUCACGAGGCGUUUCGUCGGGCAGCACGCUAA